AUGGAUGGCCAGGCUCCUUUACAUAUCCAGAGGUACUUCCCGGCUUCUGCCUCGUUUCGGUCCGCCCAACGAGCUCUAUCAAGCCCAGUUACCGAAACUAUCGCCUUGCCCGUCUUCAAGAAAAUGUGCUACGUUAUCAUGAGAUUUUACAAAUGCUGGACGAACAAGGCCACGACAGUACACCGGUACUCAUAUUUGAAUCGCUGCGCAAACCCCAGAUAUGCCGCAUGCGUCGCUCCAGGGGCUCUCGGCAUUUUGAAAGAGACGUACGAUGUUCCCUGCCCUUCAUGUACCUACGGAUUCUUCCAGACGCGAACACAACCGAAAAAGACUGAAUGGAGUUCCGGUUCCGCCGAGGAUAGCCCAAUGUCACGAGCCGCCGCCCGAGAAUAUGCCAAAUCGCUGAUCGAAUUCCUCAUCAUGGCCUUCACUUCGGUGGACGGGAUCCCGGCACCGGGCCAAGAUCAACGAGCUUUCCGCGUGUGCAAGAUGGAGACGGCCUGCCGCUUCGACAAGGACCAUUUCGAAAACGGGCCCAACUGCGAGGCGGCCCAUUGCGAAGAGCAAAAAGACCUUUUUGACGAGAUCAAAACCAACACCUGGACAGAGAUGCACAACAUCAGCGCAGCCAUGCGCCGAGCCGUCUCCCGUGGGUACCUAUUCCCUUACAGAGGCUACUGGCCUUGCCGAGGGCCGUUGUACGAUCCGCAUCUAAUGGCACAUGGUGUUGAAUACGUGGUGCCCGUCACCGACAUGAACACCGAGAGGCCUCAGAACGAAGGUCCCUCCGACGCAUCACAAGAGUCCUACGAAAGCUGCGUUCGGCGUCACCUUGCCCAGCCAGCCAUUCCAUCCAUGACCAUAGCUCCGAGAAAUCCAAACUACCCCCAACCCAAACCAACCCCGGUUAUUCCUUUCUUGCGAUCAGACUGGGAUGACCAAGCGGGAUUCGAAUCGAUUUGGAGAAACGUUUUCCGCAAUCAAAUCGUGGCCUUGCAGGGAGAGGCCAUAUGGAAAGAAAUAUUCCUUCAAUGUGCCCAAUUGCAGGAGCCCAACAAGACCUUUAACCGUCAUGAUGCGGACGAAGCUCUUAGCCUCCGUAAAGAUCUUUGCCAACUGGCGGCAAGGUUGAUAUCCAUAGACUCGGGUCUGUCUCCUGCGCGGGCCAUAGCUGUUGCGGCAGUCUUGACGCCCCUCUUGGACCCGAACCCCUCCCCCAUUGCAACAAUCGACGUCGAGAUUACUGGCCUGUUGCAGAAACUUUUUCAAGCCAGAAAAGCUUCAGAACAAGAACGGUACAGAUUUGCGGGCGACAUGAUCGCCUUUGAAGACUCCUGGAGGUACACCAAAUACCACCUCAAGCGCAACCGGGAAAUCACACUGAAUGACGAGCAUACCCGAGAAGUCGCCAUUGAGAACGCGAGCAUUCCGCUGACCGAGCCUGAGAUCGAGAGGCUCCGCGCGGCCGGCUCGUACGAUGUCGACUGCGUGGUCUGUGACGAAGAAAUGGGCGAUCCGCAGGACUCGCACGCCGCCGUGCGCCUCAAAUGCGACGCCCACCACUCUAUAGGCAAGAACUGCUGGAUGCGGUUCAAUCGUCGCAAGAAAGGUCAAUAUACGGAUGGAAUACGGUGUCACUCAUGCGCGGACAAGAUUAUAGGGACUUGGGGCGUGCCGAUCAACCUGGAGUUGUUGGAUGCAUACGAUAUAGGGACCUCUACUCCGUUGGGUCUGACGCUACCAGGAGAUCUCCUUGAGUGA